AUGUUCGGCAGAUUUUUGCUCGCGAUCGUCAUCCUUCAGCUGGCACGGACAGCCUGCACCCAAGAAGCUGACGAUGGAAAGUGUAAAACGUGUGGCGUCACCAUCGGCCAAGAACAAUACUGCUCCGAGUGCAACGGAGCAAACUACGCCCCCGUGAACGGUGCUUGUGAGGACGUGGAGACGCAGGCGGAUAAAAAAGCUCUUUGCAAAGCACACGCCAGCGGGGCUUGUACGACGUGCGGAGGCAACUCAUUCAUGUACAAGGACGGCUGUUAUUCCAGCGGAGAAGGCCUUCCUGGACACAGCCUGUGCUUAAGUUCCGACGGAGAUGGCGUAUGCACCGAGGCGGCCCCGGGGUACUUCCUCAACCCGCUGAGGGCGAAUACCAAGGACUCUGUGGUAUCGUGCUCGGACACGACCGGGUUCACCGACAGCGGCAAAACGUACAGGGGGGUGCAGUACUGCGAGAGAUGCGACGGGGCGGCGCUGACAGACGCUGCCGGCGGAGACGCCAAGUGCACCAGGUGCGGCCAGGAUAAGUACCUCAAGGAUAAUACGUGUGUGGAUAAAGCCCAGUGCGAUUCUGGUAGCACUAAUAAGUUCGUUGCAGUUGAUGAUUCUGAGAAUGGCAACAAAUGUGUUUCUUGCAGCGAUAACCUCAAUGGUGGCGUUGCCAAUUGCGACACCUGCAGCUACGAUGAGCAAUCUAAGAAGAUCAAGUGUACAAAAUGCACCGAUAACAACUACCUGAAAACCACAAGCGAAGGCACGUCGUGCGUACAAAAAGACCAAUGCAAAGACGGCUUCUUCCCCAAGGAUGACAGCAGUGCAGGAAAUAAAUGCCUCCCUUGUAAUGACAGCACCGACGGAAUUGCCAAUUGCGCCACGUGUGCUCUGGUUAGUGGCCGAUCAGGGGCUGCCCUCGUUACAUGCUCCGCCUGCACGGAUGGAUACAAGCCUAGUGCCGACAAAACUACGUGCGAGGCGGUAAGCAACUGCAAGACCCCCGGAUGCAAGGCGUGCAGCAACGAAGGAAAGGAGAACGAGGUCUGCACAGACUGUGAUAGUAGCACAUAUCUCACGCCGACAAGCCAGUGCAUAGACAGCUGCGCUAAGAUUGGAAACUACUAUGGAGCUACCGAAGGAGCAAAGAAAAUCUGUAAAGAGUGCACUGCGGCUAACUGCAAGACUUGCGAUGGGCAAGGGCAGUGCCAAGCAUGCAGCGACGGAUUCUAUAAAAACGGCGACGCAUGCUCUCCGUGCCACGAAAGCUGCAAGACAUGCAGCGCAGGCACUGCCAGCGACUGCACCGAGUGUCCCACCGGAAAAGCACUCAGGUACGGGGACGACGGUACUAAGGGCACGUGCGGAGCUGGAUGCGCAACGGGCACAGGAGCAGGAGCAUGCAAGACGUGUGGGCUCACUAUCGAUGGUGCUAGCUACUGCUCUGAGUGCGCCACAGCGACAGAGUAUCCUCAAAAUGGCGUCUGUAGCUCAACAACUGUCCGUGCUGCAGCCACUUGUAAGGCUGGAAGCGUUGCCAAGGGUAUGUGUAAUUCAUGCACCAACGGAUUUCUUCGUAUGAACGGGGGCUGCUACGAGACGACUAAGUUCCCUGGAAAGAACGUCUGUGAGGAGGCAGCACCGGCCGGCGAUACCUGUCAGACUCCGGCCGACGGGUACAAACUGAAUAACGGCGCGCUCAUCACUUGCUCGGCCGGAUGUAAGACGUGCACCAGCCAGGACCAGUGCGACACGUGCAAGGCUGGAUAUGCUAAGACUGGCGGUAACACUAAGAAGUGCGUUCCCUGCGCCACUGGGUGCUCCGAGUGCAAUGCGGACGACGCCACCAAGUGCACGGUGUGCGCUGCAGGGUACUACCUGUCCAAAGAAAAGUGCAUAGCAUGCGACAAGAGCGACGGCGGAUCCAUCACCGGCGUCGCCAACUGCGCCAACUGCGCUCCCCCAACCAACAAUAAAGGGCCUGUCCUCUGCUACCUCAUACAGAACACCAACAGGAGCGGGCUCUCCACGGGGGCCAUCGCGGGGAUCUCCGUCGCUGUGGUCGCUGUCGUGGGGGGCCUCGUGGGCUUCCUCUGCUGGUGGUUCCUCUGCAGGGGGAAGGCGUGA